GACAGAGACAGAAUCAACGUCUUUAUAGCUUGCCACGUGGAGAUCGGGGAACUCGUUGGAUUGUUCGAAAGAAUGUGAUUAAAUUACAAAUCGCUAUUACUCUAAAACCAGAAGAAGAUAGUUUAGUUUCGAGAUUACGACCAACAACAACAAACAAAACUUUAAUGAUUCGAAUGGGAAGUUGACUAACUUAGUCAGAUGUGGAAAGAUAUUAAAAAGUAAUCACGCCCGGUGGGACUCGAACCCACAAUCGUUUGAUUAGAAGUCAAACGCCUUAUCCAUUAGGCCACGGGCGCUUUUGUUCUUUUGUAUGCUUAUACACGUAUAUAAUAGAAACGAUGAUGGAAGACCAGAAAGAGCAAACCCAAAUGUCCUGUUUAGUUUGUAUAUACAGAAGAAUUUUAGGGUGACACAAAUUUACCAUUACACCCUCUAUUUUCACAUCGAGAAAUCUAAAACUCAUUAAAGAAAGUUUUUUUGUUUGUUGUUACAAUUGAUAACUACGUACAAUCCUUAUGUUUAAGAUCUUAUAUAAGUCCCGUCAACAAGAGCACUUAAACCGGUUUACCUUCUAAGAUUCACUCAAGUUCCAACAACUGAAACAACUCUAGAGAUGUGAAACGACUAUAAUAUCAGGAACGGUCAACUUUACUAAUUUCAGAAUUUGAAGAGUGUUUGCUAUUUUGCUCCGUUUCUCUAUAAAUUUCUAGGAUUUGCUGGAAUAAAGUUCUGAAAUAUAAGUGCACUCUUUAGAAAAAGGAAACUCAAUUAAUUCGCUAGUUCAUACUAUAAGGAUAUAAACAUUAAUCAUGGAUCGUAAACACAAUACUUAUAGGGUUUAUAAAUCUUCUUAUUCCCUGGUGCAGUCAAGCAACACACAGCGAGACACAAAAGAAAACUCAAAAAGAAAGAAACCAAAGAGUGAGAAUGGUAACUAUGACUCUUUCCUUGGCAACCCCAAUCUUUUGCUCGUCUUUCUCUUCCACAUAUCGCUUUGGUGCUCCUAAUUCUUGCACCCCAAGCCACCGUGCGGCCGAACUCAGUCCCAUCUCCGCCGUCAAAGCUCCCAAUAAAAUCAAGAAGAUUGGAUCCGAGAUCUCGUCUCUGACACUCAAAGAAUCUCGCAUCCUCGCCGACUACGUCCAAGACAAGUUCGGUGUUUCGAUACUCUUUUCGGCGACUGCUGCAGCGGCGGCUGUCUUCUCUCCUCCUCUCGAGGACGGUGAUGAUGUGACGGCUACUGUGGAGGAGCAGACCAAGUUCGAUAUGGUUAUCACUGACGUAGCCAUCGGUCAUCGUAUUGCAGUGGUUAAAGCGAUUAGGGCUAUGACUUGCUUGCCGGUGAUGGAAGCCAAAGAGUUCAUUGAAGAUCUUCCGAAGACUUUCAAGGAAGGCGUGACUAAAGAUGAGGCAGAAGAAGCCAAGAGACAGCUCGAAGAAGCUGGCGCCACGGUAUCUAUUGUUUAAGUUUUAGGAAUCUGAUUUUCUUACAAGUGUUUUUCUGGAGUUUCAUGGGGUCUUUUUGUGUUGUUGGCAUAACUAGCAAGUUUUGGAUAAUUGUUGAUCAAAGCUUUUUUGAAAUUGUUGCAGUUUAAAUCCAUUUGGUUUCUCAGAAAUAACUUGAAAAGGAAUUAUUGUUAUUGUAUGGUUCCAACUAUCAGCAACCUAUAAUAUAAGAUCUUAUAAAAUGAAUCCAUGCUAGUUUAUAAUUAUUUGCCAAUCAUGUGCUAGAUCCAUUACAUUUUUGCAUGGCUUAAACUUGGUUUUAAAAUUACGCAGUGUUACUUGCCACGCCAC